GGGAGGCUUACCUUUGAGUCAGGCAAAAUUAAAGCCACACUUCCUCGGGGUCCUUAGCACACGGUUUUGUUUACCACCACGUCACCAGGAAAUACAUCGUGAGCUGUCAAAAUGCAGAGACAGGGGUCACAAGAUGCUCCUCUUUUUGGUGAAGAUGACGACGCGAGGCUAAUAAAACCUCAAAUUAGAUAUCCACUGGCCACAUUCUUCCAUCUUUUCUUCCGAACAAGUGCCAUCUUGGUCUACUUACUGUGUGAUAUUUUCAGCAGUCGUUUCAUUGCCUGCAUGGUCACCAUUAUCCUCUUACUGUCAUGUGACUUCUGGACUGUAAAGAAUGUAUCUGGCAGAUUGUUGGUGGGCCUUCGCUGGUGGAAUCAAAUAGAUGACGAUGGAAAGAGCCACUGGGUUUUUGAAUCAAGGAAGACACAAAGUCUGAACACAACAUCCGGUGCCGAGUCACGGAUCUUCUGGCUUGGACUCAUUGUGUGCCCCAUCUUCUGGGUUAUUUUUACAUUCAGUACCAUCUUCUCUUUCAGGAUUAAAUGGCUGACUGUAGUUAUCAUGGGCUUGGUUUUACAGUGGGCCAACGUGUAUGGCUACAUCAGAUGCAAGGUGGGUGGAAAGUCAGACCUGAGAAGCGUGGCUAAGAACUAUCUUGGUGUCCAGCUUUUUAAACAGGCAAUGAAGACAACAGAGACUCUUUGAAGCUGCAGAGGAUGUGUGACAACCAUGAGCAUCAUGAGGGGAGUGCAAAGCUGGGUGGACACGUUAUAGUUACUUGAUUAUAAAUUAUAUUUUUCUUAUGAUGAAUUCUGACUUUUGUAUUCUAAAAUAAUACACUUGAUUGAGUCACUUUUGUGGCUUUUGACAGCUAAUCCCUGCAGCCAGCAGCUAUGAAUGUUCAGUGUACUGUUGUGGAGAGUACACAGGUAUAUUUGUCACCUCAUUGUUUCUACUAUUUAAACUUGGGUUGUGGACUUUAUCUUGUUAUAUAUGACAUUGGCUGGUAGGGGGAAGUGCAAGUUUCUAAAUGUUUUGAAUUAAGUGUUACUUGGGUGUCAUAUUGUAUGAAACUGUUUACUCAGGAGCUCUGUGGGAAAAUUGUUGUGUUUUUCCAAAACAAAUAAAGAGAAUACAACAAUAAA